UGGAGCUCAGUUAUGCUUUGAUAGUCGUACGGAAACGUUGUCUCAGAAGUUGGAUCGCCUCGCACUGGACUUAAGCCUCGCGCGCACGCAUUUCUUGGUCGAUUGCCGUUUUCUUCAUUGGCUUUCAGCUUCUCUCUCGCCGACGCCGGUUCGUUAGGCUUUACUUGGGAACAAGCACGCUUUUCUUGCCUUUUAUCGAGUGAAAUUUUUGCUGUUUUCUGCCCGAAGUAGCAGUUUCGGAAUUUUCGGUACGCGACCAGUGAGUUGCUUUUCGACGGACGGUUUUGUGUGACUUUUUUUUUGGUUGUGGUGUGCAAUUUUAUCUACACAUGAAGUGAGUUUAGUACAACGAUAAGUGAUCGAAGCGUAAAAAACGCGUUCUGGCGCUACUUCAAACACCAUACACGUAUCGCAAUUUCGAACCCAUGCAACACUGUGUAAUUAAGUAUCGAAAAAAAGUUGCUCAACGUUUUCAAACUGUGUGAGUGUGGUUAGUCAGAAGACACCGAAAAACGCCUGGCGCUUCAAAAAACGCGUUUCUACUAGUGGAAGGCAGUAAAGUCCGAUAAAAAAUUACCAUACUUGCCUUUCGCGUUUCGCGGUUUUCAUAUUAAAAAAACAGCAUUCAAACGUAUCUCUGUGAGUUAGUAAGCUAGUUAGUGACGUGUGAAAUUCGCUUUUAAGUUGUGUGACAAAGAUCGUCAUCAAAAGCGCCGGUGCUCGAGAUACGCACAUGUGUUUAUCGCCAGCUCUAAAGGUUCAUUCAUAAAAGCAGGCAAAACUCUUCAACCCCAUCAUCAUCAAUUGGAUUAUCCAGCUGAAAGCCGUUGCCACCGCAGAGAAAAGCUUGAAAGAUGCCACCGCAAAACACAAUCGAGAUGAGUGCGAAACCGGACGCUGAAAAUGGUACGCAGAAGGUUCAAAAUGGUAACGCAAACAAACUCCAGAUGAUGAAGGAAGAACCGCCAACGACAUCGGUAAUCGUUCCCCCGGACGGAGGUUGGGGUUGGCUGGUGAUGAUCGCGUCAUUCCUCUGCAACACGGUCGUCGACGGUAUAGUGUUCAGCGCCGGUAUGUUCCAGGAUCCCAUCCGGUUGGACUUUGGCGUUGGUAAAGCCGAGGUCGCAUUAGUAUGCUCGUUACUCAGCGGCUUCUAUCUUCUGACGGGACCGUUUGUCAGCGCUCUGGCAAAUCGAUGGGGAUUCAGGCCCGUCACGAUCAUUGGAGCGGUUGUCGCAUCAGUUGGUUUCGCUCUAUCCUACUACGGAACCAGUUUGGGCUACUUGUAUGUCACUUAUGGUAUUAUCGGUGGCAUUGGCUUCUGCUUCAUUUACGUUCCUUCGGUUAUUACUGUUGGAUACUAUUUUGAAAAAUGGCGAGCUUUGGCCACCGGAAUAGCGCUGUGCGGAUCAGGUGUGGGAACAUUUGUGUUCGCUCCACUGAGUGCCAUGCUUAUUGAGCGAUUCGGAUGGAGAGGUGCUCUACUAGCUCAAUCAGCUAUCAUUCUAUCGUGUGCAAUAUUUGGAUGCUUUUUCCGACCCAUUCAACCUAUUCAAGUCACUAUUACUAAAGACGAAGAUACCCCGGCCGAGAAGGGAACGCUACUUGGAGAAGGACUGCCGAUCGUCUACACCAGACCACUGCCAGAGGGUCGAUUCGCAUAUUCGGUACCCAAUAGCUCCCACAACACGUGGAUGGGCGUCAGUCCAAACACUCAGUAUCCAACUGCUGCCGAAGUUUUCCGGGGUAGCGGACACAACCUUGAACGAAGACCAUCGAAUCACUCUGGCCUGCUAACGAAUGAAAACAUUCAACACACGACAAAAAAAUUGGAACAGCUCUCAAAAAUUCAGAAACGACUCUCAGGGCAGAUGACUCCCGAAGACACUAUCCACGGACCACGGUUUCCAUUGCCUCAUCAUGAAUUGAACACUGUGGGUGAAGCAGCUGAAGAAGAGGAAACUGAAAACGGAACGUUAUUGACGCCCGAUGAAGAGAAGCCUCAAACCGUAAUCAGCACUGCACCUACAACUAGGCAACGAAGCCACACCAUUUCUGGCCGUCGACCAAACGAAUCUGGCUCACGGCACGGAAGCCGACGAGGAACACUCACCGAUGGAACCCGUCCCAUGUACCGAGAUGACAUCUUCUUCACUGGUUCGUUGGUACGGAUACCUCAAUACCAAUCUCAGACAUCGCUCGGAUACCACAUGUCGGUAACACGUUUACCCACGCAAACGGACGUCGAAGAAAUCGAAGAGGAGUCGUGCAAAAUAUGCCCAGAAGCUGUGCGUCGCACCCUCGCAACUAUGUUAGAUAUCACGCUUCUCAAAUCACCAUCGUUUAUGCUGCUGGCCAUCAGCGGUUUCUUCACCAUGAUGGGAUUCUUCGUGCCGUUCAUGUACAUUACUCAGCGGGCCACCAGCGGUGGAAUGGAUCAAAAUGUGGCGCUGUUCAUCGUUUCUGCUAUCGGUAUCUCAAAUACUAUUGCUAGGAUCGUGUGUGGAUUUUUGAGCUCGUUUGAAAGUGUCAACGCACUCUAUAUUAACAAUGUGGCCAUAACUUUGGGUGGCAUUGCCACCAUGUUCAGUGGAUUGUAUAUCACGGAAGCCUUCCAGUUUACGUAUGCAGGAAUUUUCGGAAUUGCUAUUGCAUGUUUCUCCGCUCUACGUUCGAUCCUGGUGGUAGAAUUGAUGGGUCUGGCAAAACUCACCAACGCAUUCGGAAUUCUUUGCUUGUUCCAAGGAAUGGCCGCCGCUAUUGGUGCACCUAUUGCAGGCUUUUUCACUGACUUGACGGGCAGCUACAAUGCAUCAUUCUAUAUUAGUGGCGCAUUAAUCACGAUAUCGGCUGUUUUGUGCUAUCCACUGAAAAUAGUGAACAAAUGGGAGAAAAAACGAGCUCUUAAAAAAGCGCAAGGAACCGUGUAGAAUUUCAGCAAGUCUCGCUGUCCUAAGUACUUACCGAAUAGAACAAGAAUAUCAUCUCCUCCAAUCCAGAAGUCAAUUACAUACAUAAUAACAUUUUUCAGAGCAAGACAGAUUGAAAUUGCAUUGAAAUCAAGUUUUUUUUCUUUUGAUAUUGUAAAAAAUACCUUUACACAUACAAUCUUUGCUACUAUGAAGCUGUCGCAUAAAGUAAUUUAAAAAACUAUACUUUCUAGGUUAGCAUUUAAGGUAAGGUGCUAUUCCAUCCACGCACUGAACAUGAAAGAGACUCAUGCUACAUAUCUGUGAAAAGCAGUGCAGAAUAUUAUUAUAGUUUGAGAUUUUCCUAUUUAUUCUUAUUAUCGAAACGAAUCAAAACUCUGUGCUUAAAAAGUUAGAUCCAAAUUAGUGCCAUACUUAUGGAUGGCGUGUUGCAUGCAAAUAUGAUUUAUAUUUACAAAUAUAAGACUUCAAUAUUAGCUUUGUUAUGUAUAAUAGCCCUUUGCCGAAAAUUGUUUCUACAUAAUCUUUGGAUGAGUUCCUAUCACACGUAGACAAACGAAUGUCCGGAAUUUAUUUGUUUUCAAUUAGGUUUAUAUCAUUGCCCAAAAGUAGUUAGAACUGAACAAAAUUGCUGCAAACGAUGUCGAAAAGUUGAAAGUUGGGUUCAAGUUAUUUUUAAUCAGGAUUUGUGUUAUAAAUUUUGGCCAUUCUCAUUUUUUUUAAAUAACUUCACGUUCCUUGUCCGUCUCGUCGUAUCGAUGUAGUUUUGAGCUGAAUGAAUCUUCUUUAGUUUCACGAGUCUCCGCGAUCGGGAAAAUGCUCCGUCGGUAUUUGGUAUGUUUAUAUCUUUGAAAAUACAUGAGAACAAAAUCCAAAGACCAGAUUCCUGGAGCGAGGCUACCUAAGCAGGUUUCGUUUCUAAUUGUGAGCUCUAAUUGUUUUUUAAAACAUGGGUAAUAUUAACCAUUUUCAUGUAAUAAGAAUCCGUUCAAUCGAUUUUACCAUUUUUGAUUCAAACCUUCUACAAUUAGAUGAAAUACCAAAAUUUUAAACAUUUUUUAUCUUAAAUUCCAAACAAAUUUUACAACAUGAGGAUCUGAUGGUACGGAACUUUAAAAAAAAAACUUCCUUUUGCACAACUUAGAUGGCAUAGGGACUUCUGCAAGUGUCGAUUUGAAAAGUGUCCGGUAUUGGGAGGCGUCCGGCGCUGAAGGAUCACCCCCUGCUAGGUAAAUGACGUUAAAAAUAUUUUAAAUUUGAAUGAUUGCCGGUAUAAUAGAGCUUGUUUCCACUUUUCGACAUCCAUGGUAUGGCUGUAAAGCCUUACCGAAGCCCAACCAAUAAAACACUUUUGAUACAUUAAGCCGACUGCCUGUUUCUGAAUCAGAGCUUCGAAUUUACUGUGAUGACAACGCAAAUAGUAAUAAUAAAUUAUGUUUGUUGAUAUUAACGAGUGGAAGGAGAAUCUUUCCCGAAUAUUAGCACAAUUUUUCUCAUCCAAAACAUUAAACAACUCCACAUUUAUAUUCAGUUUAAUAAAAUAAAAGAAACAUGUAUCACGACUUCUUCCUAAUUGUAUACAUGAACGGUGCAAUGCCUCGAAAACACAGCUCAGUGAAUUUUUGUUUGUCCUCAUUAUUUCUAGAAACAGUAAACGCCAGAUUCAUGCAUUGAAGCAAUAAACAAUAAUGUCCAGGUCCUAUUACAAUAUCGAAUGCCAUAGAAGCCAGUUUUAUUUGAUUUCAUCCAUUGAUUUAGUUUUACGAACCAGCUGAAAAAUAAAGCAACCAUUGAGGUUGCUACGUCGGGUGGUCUAAUCGAAUCGCAACCUAUAUGAAAUACUACAAAGAAACGCAAUAGUAUGUCCGACUGAACAAGAUUCAAAGACACCCUUUUCGGUAGAAUAUCUAAAAUUUAAGAUGUGCAUAGAGUUUACUUUUUCAACGUAUUUUUUGGCAUUAAAGUAUAUGUUUAUAGUUUUAAUGAAUUUUCUAAUAAAUUGACAUAAAAACUCA